AUGGGUAUUGAACAUCGAGUCGCCAUUGUUACAGGGGGUAACAGUGGCAUGGGAACGGGAAUAGCCCGGGGGCUUGUAAAGAAAGGAUGGAAGGUAGCCAUUGCGGAUAUUCAAGAGAACAGGGAGCUUGCUGAAGAACUAGGCGGUGCUGCCAGUUUCCACAAGUGCAAUGUGGCAGACUACGAUAGUCAGGCCGAGAUGUUCCAACAGGUGUGGGAUCGCUUUGGCAGAAUAGAUGCGUUGUGCGCCAAUGCCGGCAUCGUUGACAAGAGCUCAAUCUUCAUUUUCGAGCACCGCGGAUCCGACAAAAUCCCACCGAAACCAGAUAUGCUAUGUACCGAUGUAGACUACAAAGGCGUCGUGUACGGUACACAGUUAGCGAUCCACUUCUUCCGCAAGAACAAAGUAGCCGGCGGUAAAAUCAUCGCUACGGCCAGUGUUGCUGGGAUCGUUCCCCAUGAGUCUUUUCCAGAGUAUGAUGGAGCCAAAGCUGCUGUUGUCAACUUUGUGCGGGCAACGGCACGCAUACUGAAAGCCAAAGAGAACAUCCAGAUCAAUGCAGUAUGCCCUGGCAUUGUGCAAACCGCCAUUUUACCGCAGGGUUUGGUUGAUGCCGUAUCGGCAGAAUGUUUAACGCCUGUAUCCACUGUUGUGAGCGGGGUUGAGAAGUUCCUCGAGGACGACACCUUGUAUGGCAGGGUAUUGGAGUGUUCAGCAGACAAGCACUUUUUCCUCGAACCGCCCACGCUUGCCAAUGGUCACGUGUCUAGAAAAGCUGUUACUGUGUGGGAACCAGCAUUCGAGAUGUAUCAUGGUGAGACUUCUGGAUUGUCUGAUGCAAUUCCUUAA